AUGUCGUCCCACUCGGAUCUCAUCAAGCAGUCCAAGGAGACUCAGAGCAAGCAGCUCAAGUACUCGUUGGCGCACCAGAAACAGCUUACUGAAACACUAAAGGCUCUCGUCCGCAGCAAUUCUGCCACAGAAGAUCCAUCAUCGCUCAUCGAUAAGAUCUCCACAAUUCAUCAGUUGGACGCAGAUAUCGACAAGCAGUUGAACACAGGCAUAGCAACCAGUUUCGGGGAGUUAGUGUCCACCCGAAGGAAGGUGGAGAAAUUGAUCGACAAAUUUACUGGGGAAUUGAAUGGGAACAAGACCAAUACCAUUAUUGAUGACUUCCAAUCGCGAGCAGAAUUGAUCGACCAGGAGUUGCGAAUAUUAGAAAAUACAUUAAAAUUAGCUAAAAAGUGA